GUGUAUCGGUGAACAAUGAAGCCCAAUUUAUGCAAACUUCAUUAGAUAAAGAAACCGGUUAUCAUAUCCCUAAUCGAAUUCGAUAUACAUGGGAAGGAAGGACUUUAGAUACAGAAGAAGGUUUUACUGCAAGAAUAGAAAUUAAACCAAAAAUUCUGAUGGAUAAGAUUGAUGUGUUAAAUGAGGUUCCUUAUUUUUUGAAAAAAAUUGUACAAGCAUUCGUCGCCAAACCAUACGUAUAUCAAUGGUUCAACGACGCUACGGCUUAUAUUAAAGUUGGUGAUAAUGAAGAGAUUACCUACAAAGGAGAAAUGUUCAGCGAAGCUACUUUUAUUUCAUAG